ACCAGCGCAACAAUGCGGCAUGGCAGAUACAUCAGCUUUGGAUGUAAAAGUCACUACAGAAAUCUUGUCGGCACGAAUACAAGUGUGCUCGAGUCACAUCGGCCAUAGUACCUCCGAAUGUACUCCUCUCGUGCUAACAAUGUUUAUGACUCGGAUGUCGUGGCGACACACUUUGUAUAAAGGCUCUCAAAGACUCCAUUAUCGUCCGAUAAAGAUAUCGUUUACCUGGGUUCACCAAAUAUCGCACUUGCUUGAUUCACAUCAUCAAUAACAAUGACUGCAACUGAUGCAGUCCCUGUCCUCAUCGCCGGUGCUGGUCCUUCAGCGCUAGUCGCAGCUCUCACCCUGCUCCAAAAUGGCAUAUCUAUCCGCAUCAUCGAGAAAGAGGAUGAACAUCGCCUUGGACAACGAGGUGCCGGAUUAUUCCCUCGCUCGCUGGAAUUGUUUCAUUUCCUUGAUGUCCCCGAAGUCGACCAGACCGCGAAGCCAAUGCCCUUCAUGCGCACCUACAAACCUGGCACUGUCGAACCUCUCAAGACUUUCCCCAUGUCACCGUACCAGGAUCCAACUCCUGCUUUUCCUUAUUUCAACCCUUGUAUGCUAGGACAGCAAACUCUCGAAGGGAUCUUGCGCGCACAUCUCGAGAAGCUGUCGUGCUUUGUAGAAACUGGCACGGAGCUCCGCUCAUUCGAACAGUUCCCCGAUCAUGUGGUCGCACAUGUAGUGAAGAAACGAGAUGGCGAAGAAAUACAAGAGACGAUCAAAGCGAAAUGGCUCAUCGGAGCUGAUGGGGCGAAAGGCGUCGUCCGUAAACAACUUGGAUUGACAUUCCUUGGAGAAACCAAGGACAUGCGAUUGAUCACUGGAGACAUCCGUUUAAAAGGCCUUGACCAUGAGCACUGGCAUGUUUUUGGCGAGUCGCAAACAAAUUUUAUUAUCAUACGACCCACAGAGGAGAUCGACCCCGACGGUUAUCAAUUUACUAUGUCUGAGUCGACUGUCGACUAUCCCGUAGUGAAAUCAAGCGCGGACGAAGUCUACAAACAUAUCGCUUCGUUGGUCCCAACUAAUCUCACCUUCGAGGAGCUGAUCUGGGUUUCUGAAUUCCGGGCUAAUAUCCGAAUGGUGAACAGGUUUGGAGAAGGCAGGGUUUUCGUAUCAGGAGAUGCUGCACAUGUCCAUAGCCCUACCGGUGGCCAGGGACUCAACUCAAGUCUCACAACUCUACAGCUCAACCUCGCCUGGAAACUCGCACUGGUCCACAAAGGCCUCGCUCCAGCCUCGCUCCUCGACUCCUACACCACAGAGCGCCUCCCCGUCAUCGCCGAAAUGCUCGACAUCACUACCGCCCUGCUGAAGAAAACAAUGGCGCGUGAUUCCAACAAGGAAGAGGUAUUUGAGCGCAAUCAGAGGCUAUACAUGCUCGGUGUGAAUUACCGCAGCAGCCCAAUCGUCCUUGACGAAGUGAUACCUCCAUCUGAUGUUAAGCCUAUAGAUGCGUACGGGCUCAUCCAGGAUGGGUCGCUGCAGGCUGGUGAUCGCGCACCGGAUGCACCUGGUCUGGUGGAUGUGAACAGUGGCAGGAAUGUGCGGUUUUUUGAUAUUUUCCGUCCGCACCUCCAUACGAUCCUUGUCUUUACUUCGGACGCUGCCAAGGCGGCUCACAUUAUCUCGGAGCUUCGCCGCUACGAGCAGAACGUUUUGCGCUCCGUCAUCGUGCUCCCUGCUGGGUUGUCCACCCAAGCGGACUCUGCUGCAGACGUCGUUUUGGAAGACAAGGAGGGGUAUGCAUACAAGCACUACCUGGUAGGAGACGAGACGAGAGUCGUGGUGGUGAGACCGGAUGGUGUGGCGGGGGCUAUCGUACAUGGAGCAGAAGGUAUGGUGCGUUACUUCGAUAAAGUCUUCGUGUCCCAGUCCUAGAGUAGUGUAACUAUUAUUCUUAUUUAUUUCUGAUUCCCCUUUUACCUAUACCCAUCUCCACUGAGCUUAUCCUGUCAUUGUAAAUUUAUCAGGAUAAUUAUCUU